AUGAUGUGGUCCCAGAUGCACUGUGGUGUUCUCGUGUCCGUGGCUCACCUCGCCGCCGGACUGCUGGCAUACCCCAAUCCAGGCAACUGUCAAGCAAACGAGAUGGUGGGCCUGUUACAGAUGCACAAGCAUGGAGGGCAGCUGGGAGGGAAGCUGGUGCAGAACCCAGACGAAGGGUGCUGCGUCAUCAUCAAUGCCUCGAAUUUCUCAAAGCCCACGUUGGCAGGCACGGAAAGAAACUCCGCAGAGGACUGCUACAGCUGGGCGAAUGAGGAACAGGACCCUAUCGGAUUUAGCCGUCGUUGGACUCACGAAUGCCCGGAGGAUCUCAUCGCAAACAUCCUGGAUGCCAGGAAUUGGCCUCCGGGCGAAGUCGACGAUGCCCAGGUUGAGGCGACUGUGCCCGCGGCUUUGGCUCAGAGCAUCCAGCGCGCUGCCAAAUCCAAAGUGGGGGUUGCACCCUACGCGAUCUUCGAGGAUUUUGAGUCGGGGACCUGGCCAUUCUCCCAUUUGACCUACCAAAGUUCUUCGAACAGGGGUGAGGUCAAGACUGGUGAUGGCGCCGCGGGUACUAGCCGGUACCUGAAUGGAUACACAGGGAGCAAUUACCUUGACGGAGUCAUUUGGCCAUCGCCUGUCACAAGCAAGACAGGCAGCACCCUGCAAGCCUGGAUUCGUUACCAGGAGCCGGAAGGGACUGCAGGGUACAACUGGGGCCGCCUGACCCUCGGCUUUGACACCACCAGCUCCGGCACCAAAGCUCUGUACUUGGACAUUCCUAGGUUCGGCAGCCAGCACUUGCUAUUUCGCUACGUGAACCUCGAGAAUUGGGGUCCUGGUGUUUCGUCAUUCACAUCAUACCCUUCAGGCAGUCUACGGGGUCAGUGGCUGAGGAUCUUGAUCACUAUCCGCUCUGACCAUGAGGUAAUGCUCAGGUUGUAUGACCAAGCAGGGAACCGGAAGAAGACUUUCUAUCUAGACUGGGUUGCACAAUUCGGCGUGAACGGAACCUUCUCCCAAAAUGGCACGGCAUUGUUGGAGAUGUACUACAACAUCAACGUGGACCAGCUGGCAACCUGUGGAAGCCUUCCCAUCCAGGUCUCCACUGAUCCAGGGCUUUGUACCGCCUCCCCUUCUCUGCAAGGCUGCAUCCCCAACGCGGACUACAGCUGCAACCCCGUGGCAGGCACCGCUCUUGCUGCCGGAAGCCAUGAAGUUAUCUGUUCUGGCGACGAUGGACAGGGCAAUGAGACACACUACUUCCAAGUGGAGGUCGUUGACAACGAGCCCCCGUCUUUUGUGGCCCCCCCUAACAUUCAGGAGAGCACCUGCCAAUAUUUUGCGCGGGUACACUUCAACGUGGAGGCUGUUGACAACUGCGCAGUGGUCACCAGCUGCACACCCCCCUCCGGUUCUGUCUUUGCUUUUGGAAAUACGACAGUGCAGUGCACAGCCACAGACCCUUCCGGCAACAUGGCCACCUCAAGCUUCCAGGUCAGCGUCGGUCGUGAAACCGAGCCACCCGUUUUCACUGCCCACCCGGACAUUGUCACGAACACUUGCAGCAGCUUCGCUCAGGUGACCUUCCAGGUGGAGGCAAAGGACAACUGUGGUGAUGUGAUUCCAACUUGUGGCCCGACAUCUGGGAGCCUCUUCCCAGUGGGCAGCACAGAGGUUCACUGCACUGCUGUGGAUCUGUCAGGUAACUCCGCCAACCUGUCCUUCUUUGUGAAUGUGACCGGUGACAGUACACCACCAACGCUGCACCCGCUGGUUGAUGUAGCAAUGGAUGGUGGAUGCAAAGACUGCGCUCAGGUGUUCUUCAACGCUACCGCGACUGACGAGUGUGGUGCCGUGGAAACCGGCUGCACGCCCCCAUCCGGUUCUGUCUUUGUUGAAGGAAAUACGACAGUGCAGUGCACGGCCACAGACCCUUCCGGCAACGUGGCCACCUCAAGCUUCCAGGUCAGCGUUGGUCGUGAAACCGAGCCACCCGUUUUCACUGCCCACCCGGACAUUGUCACGAACACUUGCAGCAGCUUCGCUCAGGUGACCUUCCAGGUGGAGGCAAAGGACAACUGUGGUGACGUGAUUCCAACUUGUGGCCCGACAUCUGGGAGCCUCUUCCCAGUGGGCAGCACAGAGGUUCACUGCACUGCCGCAGAUUUGUCCAACAUGUCCUUCUUUGUGAAUGUGUCCGGCGACAGUACACCACCAACGCUGCACCCGCUGGCUGAUGUAGAAGCAGACUCAGGAUGCAGCGACUCUGCUCAGGUGUUCUUCACCGCUACCGCGACUGAUGAGUGUGGUGCCGUGGAAACCACCUGCACGCCCCCCUCGGGGUCCUUGUUUCCACUUGGGAAUACGAGUGCGCAGUGCACGGCCACAGACCCUUCCGGCAACAUAGCCACCUCAAACUUCCAGGUGACGGUGAAAGGGAACGAUACUGAACUCCCCAGCUUCGGAGAGCACCCUGACGUCUACGCCGAGGCUUCCGAUUGCAGGGGAAAGAAGGGAUCUGGAGCGAAGAGUUCGAGCCACCUUGCCCGGGUCUUCUUUGACGUGCCGGUUACCGGAGGUUGUGGACUCGAAACAGAGUGCGUUCCCCCAUCCGGAUCGCUCUUCGAACUCGGACGUACGACUGUGACGUGCAUGGCCACAAGCCAAGCAGGCAGCACAAACACGAGCUUCCAAGUUAUCGUAGGCUGCAGCAGCGAUCCUGACCGUCGCCGUCGCAAGUACAACAAGGACAGGGACGACUGA